UUGCAGCUUUUCAAAUGGCAGUCAAUGAAUGCAUAGCAGUUAAUUGAAAUGAUCAACAAAAAAAUUCAUGGUGUACCAAUCAAAGAGUAUUUCACAGACCUCGUGUCCAAAAAGGUCGAAGUUGAACCAAAUAAUCCAGCAUUCCGAUGCUUCAGUGACAAAUUUCAUGUUUAUCUUGCUGCAAAAUUCAUGUUCAUGCUCACUAUGAGCUGUUGGAUGAUCAUACUUGGCAUUCUAUUUCCAUGGAGCAUACUGAUCGUUUGGAUACCAAUACUGUAUUUUUUGACAACAAUUUAUGCUCUUCGACAAAAACAAGCCACCUGUUUAUGGCCAGCUAUUAUACAUUCGGCCUUAGCAAUAUUAAUCUGGUUAUCUGGAACAAUUGUCCUGUUUACAACAGCGCUAUUUAGCACCCAAACGUUUCUGGAUACAUUUGGACAAGGCCAUCAGCAACAAUUCAUUACAAGAUUUUUGGUAGUGUUAAUGAUCAAGACUGCAAUAAUACUGGUUGGUCUUUAUCUCGCUUACCAACUUUUCGUAUUCAACCAGUGCCGUAAAUAUUUCGACCAUGUACGGAAUGCCGACUUGCCGCGAGCUCUUCAGGAAGAAGCAACUGAAUUGGAAGUGAUCAAGAAUAAAUCGUGAUUUUCGUGCAAAAGUAAUUAUAGAUUGUCACUGUUAACCUAUAUCGCUUGAAAUUCGCCAGAAAGUUGUUGAUUUAAUACCGAAGUUUUGGAGCCUCAUUUAAGCUUUCAAGGUGAAUAAAGAAUUUUCAAUUCGAAAUUUUCUUUAAAGGGG